GACCAAGCACAAUAAUAAUAAGUAGAGAUUUCUUGAAUAAGAAUAGUAUUUAAUUUUAUUUAUUCAUUUACUAUAGCGAAAAGGUCAAGCCUGUGAGCUGAGUCUUAUUCAAACAAAUAUUGUUGACCACAUCACCUAACCAUACAUCCUCUCUCUUUAUAUUCUAAUCUCUAUAUAUAACAUCAUAUAUAGCAUCCUUUCUAUUCCCAACAUUCCCAUAAACCAAAACCUUUUCUUCUUUAGGAAAAAGCUAAAAAGCCAAAAACUGAUCCCCACACACACAAAAAAAAAUAAACUACACGUACAAACCAGAACUAAAAAAGAAAGAAGAGAGAAGAAAAAAAAUGUCAGCUUUACAAGCUUCAAGUUUGAUACUAUCUUCUUCUUCUUCAAGGGUAACCAUUAAUGGUGCAAUCCAUGUCCCCAAGCUUCCAAAUGUCCGUUUCACAGUUCCAAAAAAAUCAUCAUUAAAUUUAACCAAACAGAUGGUUAUUGAAGAAUUGAAUAACUUAAAGCAAGGAUUCAACACCCAAAACGACGACGUUUAUAGCAACAACAACAACAACAACGCUAAUACAUCCACGUCAUUAACCGUUACAGCUCAGCUCUACGCGAUUCUCGAGGCCGUUAACGACAGAGUGGAGAUGCACGAUAACAUUGGCCAACAACGAGACAAUUGGAACAAACUUUUAUUAAACUCCAUCAAUAUGAUCACUCUAACCGCCACAACCAUCGCCGGAGUUGCUGCGGCGACGGCAUCUCCCGGAACUUCUUCCUUGGCUUUGAACGUUUCUUCGACACUUUUGUUCUCCGCCGCCGCCGGGAUGGUGCUGGUGAUGAACAAACUCCAGCCGUCUCAACUCGCCGAGGAACAACGCAACGCUUCGAGAUUGUUCAGACAAAUCAAAACCCAAAUAGAGACUGACAUUGCUCUUCGUUCUCCAACUAAGUACGAUCUUAAAAAGUACAUGGAUAAGGUCUUGUCUUUAGAUAAAGCUUACCCACUUCCUUUGCUUGGAGCUAUGCUUGAAAAGUUUCCUCAGAAAUACGAGGCUUCUAAUUGGUGGCCUUCUAAAAAAUCCCAAAAGGGUCAAAACGAAUCGUUUCAACAAGAAAACAAUAAUGGUUGGAACGAAAGCCUUGAGAAAGAAAUGAGAGAGGUUAUUGAAGUUGUUAAGACAAAAGAUAGAGUAGAUUACGAGAGACUGGGAAACUUGGUUUUGAAAAUAAACAAAGCAUUGGCAAUUUCAGGGCCUUUACUUACUGGCAUUGCUGCCGUUAGUUCUCCGUUUGUUGGACAUGGAUCUUGGGCUGGUGUUUUGGCAGUAACUGCCGGAGCUUUAGCUACCGCCGUUAAUGGAUUUCAGCAUGGUGGACAAAUUGGGAUGGUGUUCGAAUUGUACAGAAACUGUGGCGGUGCUUUCAAACAUAUUGAAGAUGAGAUUGAGGCUACCAUUGGAGAAGAAGAGUUUGAGAAAAGAGAGAAUGGAGAGUUGUUUCAAGUGAAAUUGGCUUUGAAAUUAGGAAGAAGCUUGUCGCAGUUGAAAGAGCUUUCUGCAAAAUCUGCUUCGGCUCGUCUUAAUGGAACUACCAUCGACGAAUUCGCUAGCAAGCUUAUCUGAGCUCAUUAAUUAUAUUUUUUUAGAGAUUAAUUAUUCUUUAAUUCUUUGAUACAUAUAACAGAUUAUUCUUUUGUAAAGAAAAAAAAUGUAACGUCAAAUUGAGUUACAUUAUAAUUGUAAUAAUAUAUAUAAACGUAGUAUAUAACAAAAUUUAUAA